AGAGUCUCAGGAGAGCAGAGGAGCUAUUCGGUACAUGACGGAGGAGCUGCUGCUGAGGCUGGCUGGUGUUCAGUCUCCGGCUCUGAUCCGCUCCCUGAACCUGUCCUCAGCUGGAGACACACACAUCAAGUUUAUAGAGAACCUGCAGGGCUGUCAUCGUCUGCAGGUUUUAAACCUGAACAACAACCUGAUCCAGAGGAUGGAGAGACUGAACGCUCUUACACAGCUGAGAGAGCUACAGCUGGCUCACAACAACAUCCAGAGGAUUGAGGGACUGGAGCUCAUGUCCAGGCUGCAGCAUCUGAACUUGUCCCACAACAAGAUCGACCACGUCCCCGUGUGGCUCGCCAAGAAGCUGCACUCACUGCAUACACUGCACCUGCAGCACAACCUCAUCACCUCUCUGUAUGAGUUGUCCAGACUGCGCUCUCUGAGCAGCCUAUCAGAGCUGUCUGUGUCAGGAAACCCCGCCUCCUCGCUGCCUCACUCCCGCCUCUUCUUGCUGUACCACGUCAGGACUCUGGACAGGCUGGACGACCGGCCAAUCACAGAGGAGGAGCGAGGCGAUGCCCACCAGCGCUUCAACGCCGAGGAGCUGCAGCGCCUGCAGCGGGACCUGGACAGCAGCCAAUCAGAGCUCAGCAGGCUGCGGCAGGAGCAGCUAGACGCAGAAACACGCCUCCACCAGCAGGAGGAGACAAACAGACAGCUGACUGCUCACACACACAAACAGAGACACACACACACACUGCUGGAGCAAGAGCUGCACACCAAGAGCCAGCUGCUGGAGAAGACGACGGCGGAGUUGACCCGAUCGUUUCACCGACUGUACGAGCUGGAACAAGAGCUCGCCUUCUACAAGAUAGACGCCAAACUCAGCCCACUGCCCUACAGCCUGCAGGAGGUGGAAGCUGUGGACUCGAUGGCUGAGAGUCCGUACAUCGGCAAGGCUCGACACGUCAGGAACACCAUCACCUCUGCCCUCCCUAACUCCUCCUCCACCUCCUCCUGCUCCUCCCUGCAGCCCGCGGAGCGUUCAGACGUCCACGCUCACCUAGAGACAUCACACCUGCUGCAGGUAGACUGCAGGACAGAGCAACAUGAAGCUGAGGCUGAGCAGCAGGCAGCAGCAGAACAUGGAGAGCCGGAGGAAACUAAAACACACAGACAGGCCCAGGUGAGCUCCCAGGAGUCCAGGUGCAGACAGGUGCUGGACAGGAUGAGCAGCAUGCAGAGCGAGCUGGAGGGUCGUCUUGACGACAUGCUGUCACGCAUCGCCAUGGAGACGCAAGAGAUAAAAGAGUUGGAGCAACAGCUGACGGACGGUCAGAUUCUGGCUAACGAGGCUCUUCAGAAGGAUCUGGAGGGGAUCAUCAGUGGACUUCAGGAGUAUCUGAGAGGUCUCAGAGAGCAGGCUCGGUGUGCUCAGCAGCAGGUCCUCAGUCUGCAGGCUGAUAAUCAGAGUCUCCAGCUCCACCUGGAGGACACACAGAGACACUGUAGAAGGCUGGAGGACUCCGCCCGCACACACAGACAGGACAUGUCUGCCCAGCAGGAGGAAAUGUCUGUGCUGAGGAUGGAGACCGAGGCUCUGAGAGACAGACAGGUGGAGAGCAGCAGACAGCAGGUGGAGCUAGAUGCAGAGCUACAGCAGCUGAGGGAGGAGCUAACCCGCCAGGUGAACCUGGGACAGCUGCAGUGUGGUGCUCUGCAGGCGGCUGUAGAAAAAGAGAAACAGAGCAGAGAGAUCAGAGAGUCUCAGCUGGAGUCCACCAUCGACACGCUGCAGGGAGAGAAAUCAUCUCUUCAGGACGUCGUCCAGAGACUUCAGGUCCAGCUGGACCAGACCAGGACUCAGCUGGACCAGACCAGGACCCAGCUGGACCAGAUCACAGCUGCCAUGUUGGACCUUCAGGAGGUUCAGAGUGAACCAGAGGAGCUGGACGAGGACAAGUACAGUUCUGAGGACAUGUUGUCCAGGAGUGUGGAGCAGCUCUACAGGACCAUCCAACAGACCAGAACCAGCAGGGAACAGCUGCAGCAAGACCAGAACCAAAGCCAGGAACAGAUCGCCAGACUGCAGGCACAGCUAGACCACAACCAGGACCACAUUGCCCAGAUGGAGGCCCAGAGAGUCCAGGAUCAGGACCGGAUAGCCCAGCUGGAGGCCCAGGUGCUGGGUGGCGUGCAGCAGGACCAGGACUCAGACUGGAGGCUGAAGGAGGAGCUGCAGAGACUCAGAGUCAGACUGCAGAGGUCUCAGAGCAGAAACAGACACGUCCAACACAAACUGGAGGCGGAGCUUGAGCAGAGUGGCCUGCAGCUUCAGGACGCCCUGCAGGAGAGAGACACGCUGCUGCAGCAGCUGGGCUCUCAGAGUGAGCUGCACCAGGAGACCCUUGAGCGCCUCAACAGGAAGCUACGGCAGCUCAGCAGGUCCAAAAGUGAGUCUGAUCAGCUGACUGCAGAUCAGCUGAGAGACACCUGCCAACAGCUGAGAGCUCUGAACCACACGGUGCAGCUGCUGCAGGACGUGUCCCAGGAUGUGACAGACGGCAGCGUUCAGACCCCUGUAGGACGCUCAGAGGGACGGAGUGAAGACACACACACAGUGGAGGAGCUUAGGGCGGAGCUGGAUCGAGCUCAGAGACACACACACACACUAAGACAGGAGCUGGACCGGACCAGGACCAGGACCAGGACCAGAGACGGAGGACAGUGGUGCUUCGUACCUCCUGGACACACCGCUCCCAGUCUGGGCUCUCUGGGGACUCAGGACUCUGGUUUGGGUCUGCAGUACCUCAGUUCUCCUGAGAGGGGGCGACAGCAGGACAGACCACCCACAGGAGCAGGGUACUGGGUCUACGUCCCCCCAACACACACUGAGUCUGACACAGCAGCAGGGUGGAGAGACAGUGGAGGAGGCAGUGAUGCUGACAGGAGUUCCAGAGGACAGACCCCCCCUCCUCCUCCUGGUCCGUCCCCAGCGGCAGCAGCCUCUGCUGGGCUCUGUGAGGCUCAGACGGCCUGGCUGCUCUAUGGCUCUCCUCCUGGGGAACACAGAGACACGCAGGCAGACAGGUGUGUGUGUGAGUGUGUGCACAGAGAAGCAGAAAGACUGGAGGAAGAGAAGAAGAAACUACGGCUGGAGACCAAACAGCUGAGACACACACUGAGACAACACAGGAGUGUGAUGCAGGUGUGUGAUGAGGUGGAGUGUGUGGAGAAAACUCUGCUAAAGAGACGAGCUGAGCUCCGACAGGCUGACAGGCUGCUGCUGCAGGCUCAGAGCUGCAUACACACCUGCAGAGACAAGGCUCAGCAGGAGGCUCAGGACGGCGCCUCCUGUCUGCUGGAGGCCACGCAGCACAUCAGGGAGCUGCAGGAGGAGGUGGAGGAGCUGAGGAGGAGCAGACAGCAGGAGGAGCAGACUCUGAGGAGCAGAGAGCAGGAGCUUGAACGAGUCAGCACCGAGAUACAUUCAGCCUCCGACAGGUUAUCUGGCGUGCUGUCAGACCUUCAGGAGGUUCAGCAGCGUCUCGAUUCACUGAACGUGCAGGUGAACUCCCAAAUUAGAACACUGUUGUUUUAGAUGUGAGGAUUUUGUUUGACUGAUUACAAUUCUUCACUUAAUAUUUUGCACAUUCUAUCUUAUUAGUAUGUGCAACUCUUCAACCAAAAACUGAUCUAUUAUA